GAAGUUGAUGUCGAACGCAACCGAAAAUCUUGCAGCUUGUUUUUGAAGAAUUCUCUUGCAAGACUACUUUUGCUUUCGGAUAUUAGUGGAUAUACGAGCGUCUUCAUCUCUUUUUCAAAUUUUCACUUUGUCGUUUUUAAACGAUAGAUGACAUAACACAAACAUCACUGGACUUGAGGGCUUUUCUCUCUGCAUAAUUUUCAUACUUCAUGAAGUCGUCCCUGGAAUCCAAACUGCAUCUUCAGUGUCAAGAACUACAUUCAAGGGUCGUCGUGAAAGCAUUUUUCCUCGAGUACCUUGGUAAGUAGUGGGAGCCUUUCUUUUCUUUCAUCUUCAUCCACUAACCACAAAAACAACUACAACAUCGUUUGUUAGUUACCCUCAUCUCAUCAAGCAAGAAGAUGCCUGCGUCAUCGUCGCGUGGUCGUGGAAGGCGACAACGUUCGCUAUCUUCCCGUCAUUCCUCAGUGGUAAGCGAUAGAGAGUAUGCGAAAGUGAAACAAAGAAAGCGAAGCAUUAUGGAGGCUGUGGCUUUUCCUCACGUGAAUAGUGUAGUUCUAGGUGUAGGUGAUGUUGAUUUCUUGAAAAAUAUAUGUCACGAUCAAGAAUCAUGAUCAACAUGAAGGAACAAGCACUUGUUCUGAUUGAGUGCUUGAUGUUCUUGUUAGUGCUAUAACUUUGUGAGAAAAAUACAAUCAAGUGUCGUGGUCUGUGAGUUGAUCAUGUAAAAACUCUAGUUUCCACUUGAACGGAAUUCCCUCUAACCCACGAAGCCCGAGUAUCGACAAGAAGAAGUCUUCUCGUGCGCCUCCAGCGAAACCUGCGACUACCCGUUCGAAUUCGCGUGGGCGUUCUCGUAACUCUCGCCGUCGUUCGCGAGGAAGAUCGCAGAACUUAUGGUGAAUUUUGAUUUCGUAAUCUAGUCCCGUCAUCAUUAUUACGUAAAUUAAUAUCUUGGCGUUGUUCUUCCCAAGGAAGAAGAAGAACUGUUAUUUCUAUUUUUAACCUUUGAAAUUGACUGAACAAGAAAGUAGAACAGAGGACUGUCGCAGUCCAUUUCUCGUCUAACCUCCCGAUCCUCAAACAAGAACUCGAUCUAUGGUAAAAGCGUUCUGAUUCGCAACUUGCCUCAGACGACUACAAAGGAGGAUUUGGAAACUGAGUUUUUGCGGUUUGGUGACGUCGAUGACGUUCAUAUCCCAUUGGACUACAACACCAGGAAGCAAAAAAGUUUUGCGUUCAUCAAGUUUGCGGAAAGUUAUGGUGCUGAAACGAGUAGAAGAUACAACUAGUACGACUGACUAUUUAGUACAACGAAUAGAAGAUACAACUAGUACAACUGUUGACUAUUUAAUAUAGUACAAGUGAAGAUAGACGAGGACAAGAACAAGUACAAGUGAUAGUACAAGUGAUUUAGACGACAAGGACAAGAACAAGGAUGUUCUUGUUUGAUAUUAUUUUUAGUGAUCAUGAUGACAAAUAGUUACUUUACUAGCGACUUCUACUUGUUGGUGUAGUUCAUCAGCUUCAGAUCAUGAAUCUUUCCGUUCCUUCUUCCUCAUCUUCAUCUGUUUAAGCUUGAGUACUCGUCUUUUUCUUUCUUCUUCCGUGAGCUCGAGAAGAAGUAAUUGUUCUUUCAUCUUCCAGAUGCUGCUGAAGACGCCAUUGCUCGCAUGGAUGGCACCGAUUUCAAGGGGAAUGUUAUCUCGCUGACCGUGGCUGAAGAUCGUCGUAAGUCGCCGAACACUAUGCGUCGAAUCUGCGCUUCCCGCGACAGUCGCGACCGAGGAGGCCGCGACAGAGGAGGCCGCGACCGUGGAAGAGACGAUCGUAGAUGAACUAGUGCGACCGUUCUUGGAAAGUAGGGUCUUGAACACGAUCGUAGAUGAACUAGUACAACCGUUCUUGGAAAGUACUAGGGUCUUGAACUUGGAGUCCAAAUGGAUGGAGAAGUAGAGUCCAAAUCUAAAAGUAACUGUAGUACUAUUGAAAAUGGUCGACUGGACGGGACACCGACUAUUACUUGCAAUAAAAAGAGCUCGUCGGCAGCUUUCUCGGCAAGAAAGGAAGUUUUUUGGAACAAUAGCUCUAGCUCCUUGAAGAUAGCAUGCUUUUCAAUUCUACUAUGAAACUAAAUUGAAGCUCCUUGUUCCCCAACAUUAUCAACAUCAAAACACCAAUAAAUAUAAAUCGAAUGCGCACGAAAUAAACAUCCAAUGAAUGUCUAUGUCACUGUCACAAAGGCAUCUGCUUCUACAACAAGACCGACGCAACAAACUACAAAGUAAAGGAAGCGGCUUCAGAUGAAGCUACUUUGCAUGUGCGAUGAAUCUACUUUACAUGAUGUGCUUUCUAUCAUAAGAGCUUGUACAUCUUCACAUCAAAACCUAAAAAAACUGAAGAAUAUGUUUCUCUAUUGUACCACCAUUUCUCCAUCGCAUAUGAAGAAAACUGAGAAUAUUACAACAGCAAGCAUCAUGAUGAGUAGGUCACUACACCAACACAGUGUCAUGUGAUCAUAAAUUGUGUCUCAUAAGAACAACACGAACAUGUUGAGGACCCUCCAGUAAGAAGUUUUUUUUUUUCGUGUUUACCCCCUUGUUCCCAUGAAGAGAAGCCCCGUUGAUGUGCACCACAACCUCCAAGAUGAAAACCUCCAAGAUGAAAACCUCCAAGAUGAAAAAUCUCUAAUCAAACUACAACAUGGACAUGUUGGAAGGAUGGAACAAUUUAUUGUUGUACAUCUACGCACCCCGCACCCUUUUUCCUUAACCAUUUUUCCUGUGACGAUCACAAUGUGUAGUCCUCGCAAGGG